UGUUUACUUUAGAACCAGGAAACGCCGUCCGGGUCAACUCGGGAGCUGCUAGCCCGGUAUGAGAUGAGAUGGUUUGGAGGAAAAUAAACGCGUUUUAGUGGAAAAAAAAACAACAUGGACAUUCACUUACUGACAAGUUUGCUGGUGUUGUCUUUCAUAGCUACCGCUUUCGGCGAAGGUGGGGACUUGACGUUAGUCCAGGAGUUGUCCUCCAAGCCGGCCCAGAAGCUGUCUAGAUACGGUUGGUAUGGCAAUGUCAGGUUGACCGUGUUCCAUGUCCCGGACGAUACCGUCGCCGCCCGCUGGCUGUUCACUGUAACCAGGGGCAACGGUUUCAACUGUGGAACACACAACGUCUCCAUGUAUUUGCGUUGGGGGGCUCCUCCAGUCAUCGAUCCAGUAGGACGGGUGUUUCCUAACAACACUGUGACAUCACCAGUCCUCUCACUCAACCUGUCCAUGACAUCAUCGCAAAGCAACUCAACCUUUAACCUGUCUAACCCCGCCCCCGGAGACUGGUACCUGGCGGCUCACCUGCCCCGAGACGAUGGACGCAUCGAACACAAGGGAUUCCCGUCCUGUUCCUACUUCUUCCAGCCCCAGCUGUCAGUCAGGAGAGCAGUGGACACACCCAUCCUCCAGGCCACGCCCCUAACCCAGACCGCCUCCCCCAACAGACCUGCACUACUCAGGGUUUUUGUUCCAGAGUUCGUGUCGUCUCUCUCGGUGUCUGUGAGUGACUGUACCUGGGGGGAGGGGCUUGUGAACGGAGACUGUUCAUUGUCCCUCACGCUGGGCUCCUCCUCCCCCCAGGGGGGGCUUGUGAGGGUGAACUGUUCUCUGAUUGGCUGCACGGCCGUUCUCCUCGCUCCCCCAUGGAAUACUUGGAUACGCGUCACCGUGGAUAGUUACCAUAGCAACCAAACCACAGCCUUCAGCGUCUCAGCCAACUACACAGUGGGCUGUAAGCCUCAGAGUGUGGGUAUGUCUGGAGACGAUCACCUUAACAGGCUCCGUGGCAACGGCGGCACUGCAUCGUCACCAGGCAACAGUUCUGCGGUUGCCGAGGCAGGUCUCCGUAGCGACGCGUCGUCGUCGGAGUGUGUGCGGCUCGUUCCGGUGCUCCGCGAGGAACUAGACGUUCUGUCGGUCCGGUUCUCUCCCGUUAACGGACCCAACGUAACGGUCACCCACACACUCCCCACGCUCCUCACCUUCCCCCUCAACACACAGACGACUGGAGGGACCCUGAACCUGGACGUUACACUCAACACUACUAAUGCAACGUUAGGAAGCAGCAGGGUGAUGGCCUGUCUCUCUUCCUGGGCUCCUGUCCUCACACUCAACCACUCCCAUCCCUGUCACACAGCGGUCGGGUUCAGUGUGAACGUCAGUGUUCCUGGGUCCGUCGUCAGACUUCCCUUCCCUCAGGCUGCCACCUGGUACCUGACCUUACAACUCUUCUGCAACAGUAGUGACUGUGGUAAUGUAACAGUGACGCCACAGCUGUCCGUAUCGGCCUGUAUCGAGGACUGUGGGACGUUUGGAGAGUGUCGACUGUUGAGGUCGUACAGCUAUCUCUACGCUGCCUGUGUCUGCAAAGCCGGUUGGAGCGGGUGGGGCUGUACCGAUGACGUCACAGCCCAGUCGUACGGUCGUCAGCUGACAGCGGUUCUACUGCUCACGCUCAGUAACCUCCUCUUCAUCCCGCCCAUCGUCAUCGCUGUCCGACGCUGUUACGUCACCGAGGCCUCCGUCUACCUCUUUACCAUGUUCUUCUCUACUUUCUACCAUGCGUGUGACCAGCCUGGUUUAACAGUGAUGUGUAUCAUGGAUUACGACACUCUCCAGUACUGCGACUUUCUGGGUUCAGUGUGUUCUAUCUGGGUCACUGUUCUCUGCAUGGCCCGAGUCAGAGACCCGCUCAAAUACGUGUUGUUUAUGCUAGGUACUCUACUGAUAGCGAUGUCCAUGCAGCUGGACCGAAGAGGACUAUGGAACAUGCUGGGGCCCAUCCUGUGUGCUGUGCUGGUUAUGGGGACCUCCUGGGUGUAUCGAGGGGUGAAGAGGAGACGCUGUUACCCUCCAUCUUGGCGGCGUUGGGUACUGUUCCUCCUCCCGGGCCUGGCCUCGGCGCUGAUCGGCGUGUGUGUGUACGUGUUCGCUGAGACGGAGGACAACUACCUGUACACACACUCUCUGUGGCACGUCCUGGUCGCCUCCAGCGUGGUCUUCCUCUUACCUCCGGGAGAGACGGACUCUGUUAUCGCCUGGAGGCCCGCAGUCUGCGGUUACACACUCUGUCACAGCACGAAGGACGAGUUAUACACCGUUACAUGACCUCUGAACCCCCCUGGACCUGUGGAGACCGACUGUCUCAUGGGUAUCAGGGCUGUGACCAUACCAGGAUUGGACAGAUUGGUUUUGGGGGGUUCAUGGUAAAAAAAAAUGUUUGGUUUUGUCCUUUAAAAAACCUGCUGGGUGUAAAAUCUAGUGUUUUAUAGAUGGGAAAAACAUGAAUGAUGUUAAAUCUAGUGUUUUAUAGAUGGGAAAAACAUGAAUGAUGUUAAAUCUAGUGUUUUAUAGCUGGGAAAAACAUUAAUGAUGUUAAAUCUAGUGUUUUAUAGCUGGGAAAAACAUUAAUGAUGUUAAAUCUAGUGUUUUAUAGCUGGGAAAAACAUGAAUGAUGUUAAAUCUAGUGUUUUAUAGAUGGGAAAAACAUGAAUGAUGUUAAAUCUAGUGUUUUAUAGCUGGGAAAAACAUUAAUGAUGUUAAAUCUAGUGUUUUAUAGCUGGGAAAAACAUUAAUGAUGUUAAAUCUAGUGUUUUAUAGCUGGGAAAAACAUUAAUGAUGUUAAAUCUAGUGUUUUAUAGCUGGGAAAAACAUUAAUGAUGUUAAAUCUAGUGUUUUAUAGCUGGGAAAAACAUUAAUGAUUUAAAAUCUAGUGUUUUAUAGCUGGGAAAAACAUUAAUGAUGUAAAAUCUAGUGUUUUAUAGAUGGGAAAAACAUUAAUGAAGUUAAAUCUAGUGUUUUAUAGAUGGGAAAAACAUUAAUGAUGUUAAAUCUAGUGUUUUAUAGAUGGGAAAAACAUUAAUGAUGUUUAAAAACCUUUUCACUACAUGUAUAAUACUGGUAUGGUCCCAGCUUUGCUGUAUGUAUGUAUGUAUGUAUGUAUGUAUGUAUGUAUGUAUGUAUGUAUGUAUGUGUGUGUGUGUGUGUGUAUAUAUAUAUAUAUAUAUAUAUAUAUGACAUAUAUUUCUAGUCGAGGAUAUUAAUGUUUUUACACUAAUAUAUUUAUAUGACAUCACGGUGAUAUCACUGCCUGCUAAUCCAUCACGUCUUGCCCCUCCCUCUUCCUCCUUUCCUCCUCCUCAUCCUCCUCUCUAGUUUAGAUGCACUACUAGAUAGAUGAAGACUGCUAGUUAAAGCAGGGAAGUUCAAUGGUAUAGAUCAGGCCUCUCCUUUCUAAUACGGGACUAAUUCAGACCUGGUAUAGAUCAGGCCUCUCCUUCUAAUACGGGACUAAUUCAGACCUGGUAUAGAUCAGGCCUCUCCUUCUAAUACGGGACUAAUUCAGACCUGGUAUAGAUCAGGCCUCUCCUUCUAAUACGGGACUAAUUCAGACCUGGUAUAGAUCAGGCCUCCUUCUAAUACGGGACUAAUUCAGACCUGGUAUAGAUCAGGCCUCCUUCUAAUACGGGACUAAUUCAGACCUGGUAUAGAUCAGGCCUCCUUCUAAUACGGGACUAAUUCAGACCUUGUAUAGAUCAGGCCUCUCCUUCUAAUACGGGACUAAUUCAGACCUGGUAUAGAUCAGGCCUCUCCUAAUACGGGCCCAAUUCAGACACGGGACACCAGGUGAGUGUAAUUAACUAGCAGAAACAGAAGUGUUUCGGGCCUCCAGAACCAGAACUGAACAGCCCUGACUAAAGAAUAGUGGAAGAUUCUAGCAAUGAAGAUGUUUUUCCUCAUGGAUACAAUUUAUGUCUCUGUGUGCAGUUUGGAGGAAGUUAAAGGUCGUUUUCACCAGCCAACGCUAACUAGCAUUAGCACAAUGAGUUGUAGUCUACCAGUACAGCUAGCACCUGUAGACUCACUCCCUUACCCUGACCUCAAUGGGCCCUGUUCCAAUUCUAUACCCUCCCUCCGUUCCUAACUCCCUUACCCGCACCUCAAUGGGCCCUGUUCCAAUUCUAUACCCUCCCUCCCUCCGUUCCUAACUCCUUUCCUUCUCCUUAAAGCACUUUCAUGACUAAGUGUAAUAAUGUCAUUUUAAUGACAUCUAAAUGUAAUUUGUCUAGAGGUUUUUCUCUAAAUGUGUAUUUGCUUUUGAAACAAAUCAGAUUGUGUAUCCAGUGCCUCUCCUCUCUCUCUCUCUGUGUUCUGCAAGACCAGUUCCACCAUAACUCAGAUUUUUCUGGUCAUAUUGAUUAUAUAUCACAGUGAUAUUAAGUUAGAAUGAAGCAUUUUAAAUGUUCUGGUGUUGAGGUUAAUAAUGAUCAUGUUGUCGUGUCUUUGGCUAUGCCGUAUUAAGUGAUAUGACAUGCUAUUCUAUAAAAUGAUUUCUCUGUAAUAAAUAUUACCUGAUUUAAGCUAA